UAGGAGAAGUGCGCUACGUAAUCCUGAUAGCCGUCAUCACAUCUGCAGGCUGAAGCGGCACAGAGCGGCGCAGAAAUCAUAGAAAAAUGGUGUUGUUCACGAUGAUCGCGCGGUUAGCGGAUGGACUCCCUCUGGCCGCGUCCAUGCAGGAAGACGAACAGAUGGGUCGAGACAUGCAGCAGUAUCAGAGUCAGGCCAAGCAGCUGUUUCGGAAGCUUAAUGAACAAAGUCCAACACGCUGCACUCUGGAGGCUGGAUCCAUGACCUUUCAUUACCUGAUAGAGAAAGGUGUGUGUUACCUGGUGCUGUGCGAGGCCGUGUUCCCCAAAAAACUGGCCUUCGCCUACUUAGAGGAUCUCCAAGCCGAGUUCCACGAGCAGUACGGGAAGAAAGUCCCCACCGUGUCCAGACCGUACUCCUUCAUCGAGUUCGACACGUACAUCCAGAAAACGAAGAAGUCUUACAUCGACAGCCGAGCUCGCAGGAACCUGGGCAGCAUCAACACCGAGCUGCAGGACGUCCAGAGGAUCAUGGUGGCCAACAUCGAGGAAGUGCUGCAGCGAGGAGAGGCUUUAUCUGCUUUGGACUCGAAGGCCAGCAACCUGUCCAGCUUGUCCAAGAAAUACCGCAGUGAUGCCAAAUACCUGAACACGCGCUCCACCUAUGCCAAGCUGGCGGCCGGUGGCGUCUUCUUCAUCAUGCUCAUCGUCUACGUCCGCUUCUGGUGGCUGUGAGGACGAGGAGGAAGAGGAAAAGGAGGAGAGGAGGAGGGAGGAGGAGACGUGACGGAGGCCCGGACAUCACGCAGAAGGCUGUGGAAAACGAGUCGACCAUCACUCUCCCUCUCCUCAGAGACUGAUGGUUUUCCGGCACUUUCUCUUCCCUCGCAGUUCGCAAGACUGAGCUACGAUUCUUUGAUAGAUUAUACGUUGUAUGUUUUAUUAAAUCGAUGCAGGAGGAUGAGUGAAUGACUGACUGACUGAGUGUGUGUGUGUGUGUGUGUGUGUGUGUGUGAGAGAGAUGUGAAUAACAGCGAGGAUGAGAGAGCUUUUUUCCCCCAGAGGAAUCCGCCCACUCAGAGCGCCACCAAGUGGACAAUUUGCCUUACUUCACAAUCCGUCUGAGAGAAAGAAGGUCACUUGAAGGUCACUUGAAGGUCACUCAUUCACUCAUUCGCACUUUGAAUGGAGGGAUGGCAGGUUUCUUCCUGGGUUUACAGGCCCACGUGAAGAAAGAAAAGAGGACAGACAAAUUUGACAAUAAAAAGCAGUUCAGUGUCCGACGUCUGCAGCUUUCCCCGUCUACUCCAAUAAAACUCCAGACGUUUUCCUUUUGUCCGUCUGUUCGGAAUGAAUUCUGAGUUGAUUAGAGGUGCGACUCCAACCAUGAGGAAGAAACUACAUUUAAAAACAAAUGUAUAAAUUGAACUAAUAAAACUUUCCUGAAAGAAA